UAAGUACCUUGCUCAAGGUUACUACAAAUAGUAGGUGGGAUUCAAAGCAACAACCUUUAGAUCCAGUAAUAGGCUAGCAGCUCUAACUACGAUGUGACCUGCUGCCCUAUUGUAAAUAUCUGCUCAUUGUCUGACCAUGAUUUACUUAGCCUGCAUUUUUAUUAGUAACAGAACAGGGUGAAAACGAUAUAGAGCCAAAACAGGUGUACGAGAAGCGCUUACACUGUGUUAGCCUGUGUAAAUGUAACGUCGCAGCCCACAUGUGGGACAAGAGCAGGUGACAUGCAGGGCAGCCGUGAACUAGACGGGCUUUGGGACCUCGCGGACUGAGCCGUCAUAUGACUGGGACGCAUAAGGAGAGGCGGAGACAGGAGCAGGAGCGCAGUGAAUGGAGCCACUAAGCGGAGGAGGACGGUGUUGCACCGCAGCCGCAUGAUUAAGUUAGUAAGGCUGCGUUACCCGUCCAGUUACCCGGGGCCGUUCUCUCGGUGGAUGUGAUGAGAGCAUGGCCGACGUCGGGGGAGAUCAGCCCACCUGCGCGCUCCAGCUGGAUCGCGCAGGCGAGCCGCCGCCUCCCGCCGUGGACGCGCACUGCGCGGACGGAGGAGACGAUCUGUCCCUGGAGGAGAUCCUCACUCUAUACGGGCAGCCCAUCAACGAGGAGCAGGCGUGGGCGGUGUGCUACCAGUGCUGCCGCUUCUUGGCGGAGGAGCAGCGCAGGAGGAGCCCCGUGGUGUCCGCGGCGCUCGAGCAUCCCCGGAGGGUGGAGGGACCGGCCGAUGUGAGCAUCCAGAAGGACGGGACGGUGAGGCUGCAGCAUCGCGGCGCUCCAGAUAAAUACCGGAAGCCUUGCUCUGCUGUACAGGUGAUCGAGUCUCUGGGCAUCAUGGUGUACAAGGCGCUGGACUAUGGGCUGAAGGAGAAUGAGGAGCGGGAGCUGAGUCCCCCAUUGGAGCGGCUCAUAGACUCCAUGACUAACAUUGCCGAGGGGGAGGGAGAUGCCUGCCCUGAUGAGGGUUACGAGGCUGCUGAGGAGGACGAGAGUGAAGAAGACCUGACUGGUGUGAGCAGUGUUCGAGGCUUCCGGGACGUCCUCAAGCUGUGUACAGCCCACCUCCCAAGCCCCUCGGAUGCUCCAAGUCACUACCAGGCUGUGUGCCGUGCUCUCUAUGCUGAGACCAUGGAGCUCCGCACCUUCCUGGAGAAGAUCAGAAGUGCCAAAGAGAACCUGCGGAAGAUGGAGGCCGAGCGAGCAGAGGAGCCUGUCCGAGAUUUGAAUGAGCUGCAGAAUGCUGACUGGGCUCGGUUCUGGGUUCAGGUGAUGAGGGAUUUACGGCAUGGUGUCAAGCUCAAGAAGGUCCAGGAACGUCAGUACAAUCCCCUGCCUAUUGAAUUCCAGCUGACGCCCUAUGAGAUGCUGAUGGAUGACAUUCGCUGCAAGCGCUACAAACUCCGCAAGGUCAUGGUGAAUGGAGACAUCCCACCCAGAUUAAAGAAGAGUGCCCAUGAAGUCAUCUUGGAGUUCAUUAGGUCAAGACCUCCACUCAACCCCGUGGCUGCUCGCAAGUUGAAGCCCCACCCCCCAAGACCCCGCAGCCUGCAUGAGAGAAUCCUGGAGGAGAUCAAGGCUGAGAGGAAGCUGAGACCUGUGUCACCGGAUGAAAUCCGGAGAAGCCGCCUUGGCUCCGGGAAAAGUGCCAGCACCCCCCAGGUCCUGCUGUGUGGUCCAGAUGCCUACACCCCUGAGACUUGCAGGAAGACAGCUGCAAGCACACUGGCACUGACCAACGGUACGCUAUCAGCCCGAAGCCAGCCGAAUGGAUUGGACCAGGCGCAGGCGCUGUCCCAGAGAAGGAAGGUGCUCAAGGCCCCCACUUUGGCAGAGCUGGACACCUCUGACUCGGAGGAGGAGAUUACAGGUCGCAAGUCAGCCAGCAGCUCUAGCAUCUCCACCUCCUUGAUGGAUGACACUUCCCCAGAGUCUGCUGUGGGCAAAAAAACUCCACCCAUGUUCCUGCCUAUCUCCUCGACUCCGCAGCCAGAGAGACGUCAGGCACAGCAGAGGAGGCACUCCAUUGAGAAGGAGACCCCCACCAACGUGCGCCAGUUCAUCCCGCCUUCCCGGCAGAGCUCCAAGUCCCUCCUGCCGUCGGAUGUGAACAGGAAGGAGGAGUUCUGCUACCCAGUGGAGUGCCUGGCUCUUACUGUGGAGGAGGUGAUGCACAUCAGACAGGUGCUGGUGAAGGCCGAGCUGGAGAAGUACCAGCAGUACAGGGAUGUGUAUAAUUCACUGAAGAAGGGCAAACUCUGCUUCUCAUGCCGGACCAAGAGGUUCUCCUUCUUCACCUGGUCUUACACCUGCCAGUUCUGCAAAAGACCUGUGUGUUCGCAGUGCUGUAAAAAGAUGAGGCUUCCUUCGAAGCCGUAUGCCAGCCUGCCCAUCUACUCCCUGGGCCCCAGCACAACGCCCAAAGAACCCCCAGCAAAGCCUGAGAAGAGCUCCAGCAGCCGGCACAGCCUGCACCGCACAGUCUCGAGGCUGUCCAGGCACGGCUCUAGAUCAUCACGGGACGAGCUGGAACUCCCUAAGGAGCUCACCGAGGACUGGAGCACCAUGGAGGUGUGUGUGGACUGCAAGAAGUUCAUCUCGGAGAUCAUCUCCUCCAGCAAGCACAGCCUGUCUCUGGCCACCAAGCGCACCCGGCUGAAGCGCAAGACCCACUCUCUCUACGUGUCCUCUCCUCGUGCGCUGGACUACCGCCCCUCCGAGAGGACUAUCAGCGAGGUGUAGAGGCUCCUGGCUGCUCCACUUCCUGUCAAGGAGAUGGCUUCCAACAGCGCCCAUCAAAGGCUCUAGAUCCCUGCCAGUCGGCCUGCGUUUUUGUGAUUCUUUUUCUGUCUGUCUCUUGGUGACAUCACAGAUGGCAACAGGCACGCUCUUGUUCUUCACAUCGCUGUGUAGUUGGCUGAGGGUGGCUGAAGCAGGAUAGGUGAAGGGUCCAUUCCAUUUCUAUGUGCUCUACUGGCCAUGUGGCCAUUCUUCCACGGUCAUGUCGUAUGGGCCGUAACCCUUACACCCCUCCUUAUGCAUCUCACAUACAGCACAACGGGAGGACUAGCUGAUGCAGUGCGCAAUGAGAGGCUUGACAGAUGUCAGACUGCUCGCUCAGGAAAAGUGAGAGGAUCUACUCAGGGCUGCAGGGGGUGUGGCCACUGGCUGUUUGUCAACAGGACAGCCAAUGAGCACAUGGUGGCAGCAGCAGCCUUACAGUUACGAGCACUGGAAAUGAACAGGUUACAAUGAAGAUAGAUGUGUGCUUAUGCACGCGCUUAUGUUUUUAUUAUUUGAUGAAUGGGUAGAAUUUAGAGUUGGGUUCUACCCAAAGAUGGGAUUUCAGACUGUGUCAUCCUUGUUUUUUUUCCUAAGCCCAGUGAAUGUUGACUUUAACAUGCAAAUGCUUUUGUCUUUGUCCAAAAGUUUGGUUGAAAUUCACAAAUCAAAUUUUAAAUUGAUAAUUUUGAUUGUUUUGACCAGCAGUCGUAUUUUGAAAUCGCACAAGCACAGUCCUUGGCUUUUUGUGUAGGUUUUUAUAAGCAAAGUUGUCAUUGUUUGUUUUUUGUUUGUCUGAGGAGUUGAGAGGAUUGAGGGAGGAGACGAAACUGGUUUUUAUUAUUGCCCUUUUUAUUACUCAAUCAGAAGGUUUGUCCAGUGCCAAAAUAGUUCAGUGGGAUGCGUUUUAUACCUGUAAAUAUAUAACAGUGACGUUCAGUAAUGUCUCCAAAGGGAGCAACAGACUUCUGUGCUCAGCAAUACAGACAGAGCACAUGUGACAGUAUAAUGUAAUAUAAUAAAACAUAUUAUAAUAUUCCUGUAUAUGCAAACUGUUACUUGUUUGUAGUUUCUGACCUGUUGGGAUAUCUGAUAAUUCAACAAGAAUAUCUUUGCUAUUAUUAUUGCUAUUAUUCUAUUACUUGUAUUAUUUUUUUGUGAUGUAACUUCCUACUAAACUAGCACUGGAAUAGCACUUUUGCAUUUACAUUAUUUUAAUUUAAUCCCUUUUUUUUUUCUAAAUUUCCAUUUAUGCCUGGCAUGAGUUUGACCAGAGGUGAUAUGUACUCAAGAGGCCUGUUUAUCACAAACAGAUUGUAAGAUCUGUGUAUGGCACUUAUGGCGUAGGAGCUGUGCUGCUGAAUGUCCUACAGAUGGGCUAAAUGCAUUAUUUAUUUAUUUUUUAAAAAUAUUGGCACAAUGUCUGUUCUUUGCUGCACAGUUGUUUCAGUUUUUAAUGAGAAUUUUUCCUCUCUCUCAUAUUAAAAUGCAAUAAGGCUUCUGCAUUAUGUGAACAGUGGCUGUCCUAUUUUCGGUAGCUGGUGCGUUUGCACUUUGAAGCUUAGAACCACAUUCACUUAAACUUCCCAUCUUUCCAUAUCUGCUGUUUUCUGUUUAUGGUUUUUUCUGCAGCUUUGCGUUGCCUGAAACGAUAUGUAUAGUAGGAAUGUAUUAAUUUUAACUAUAAAUCUGAGAAUCAUAUCUGGAACUUUUUUGUGUUUACUAAUAUUUCUCCUUUACGUGCAAGUAUUCCCACAUUGGGAGAGGUGUAUUUUUUAUUUUUUUUUUGUU